AUGAAACAUUUAUUUGAUGAAUCUAUAUCGAAACAAAAGAUAGAUAAAUUAGUAUUAGAAUACUUUAUACAUGAAGGUUAUAAAAAUGCAGCAAUUGAAUUAACUAAAGAAUUAAAUAUAAAAAUUCAUGGUAUAAAUGAACCAAUAUAUAAAGAUGAAUCAUUUAAAAUUUUAGGUAAACGAAAGAAGAUUCAAAAAAAUGCAUUACAGAAUUCAAGUUAUACAGCAAAAUAUACAGAUGAUCAAUUGAUUGGUGAUCUAAUGUUUCAAAAUUAUUAUACUUCUCCUAAUGAUAUUCAUAAAUAUAAUACGAGACAAAUAUCUGGUUUUUCAACUUUAAAUCAACGUCAAGAAAUUAAAUCAUUAAUAUUAAAGGGGGAAAUAAGUGAAGCAAUUACGAAAAUUGGAACUUAUUUCCCAAUAAUAUUAGAUUCAAAUAAUUUAUUACAUUUUAAAUUAUUAAGAUUAAGUCUUAUUGAAAUGAUUAGAAAUCAUAAAUUUUCAAACUCAAUGGAACAAGAUGAAAGAAAAUUUUUAAAUGAUAUAUUAAAAUUUGUUAGAAAUAAUAUGAUAAAUAAAAUUUCCAAACUGUAUAAAUUAUUAAAAGAAUUAGAAUUUACAAUGAGUUUAUUAUGUUUUAGAUUUGAUCCAACUAUUAAAAAUUUAAAUGAGCAAAAAGAAUUACCUCAAGAAUUGAAAAAUAUUUUCAAUUUAAAUUUAAGACAUCAAGUUUUUAGAUUAAUUAAUAAAGAAAUUAUAAAAAUUUAUGAUGAUGAUGAUAUUAAUGAUAAUGAUGAAAAUGAAAAUAAUGAAUGUAAUGGAUUUCCUAAUUCAAAUAAUGAUAAUGGAUUAAUUAAAGAUGUAAUCAGAGAGAUACGAAAUAAAGAUGGUAAUAUUGAAGAUAUUGAAGAUACAAGCAUAAAACGAAAUAAAUUAAAUAAUUAUGAAGGAAUAAAUUAUCAUGAAUUUGAUUUUCAAAAAUUAAAUGAAGAAGAAUCAUAUGAUAAAUUUAUACAUGAUAAUAUAGAUGAAGAAGAAGAAGAAGAAGAGAAUAAAAAUGAAUAUAAGUAUGAAAUUGAUCUGGAACUGAUAAAAACAAAAGAACAAAAUUUAAUGGAUGAAAAUUUAAUAAAAAGUGAUAUAAUUAUUAAAAAUGAAGAAGAAAUUGAAUCAUUAAUUAAACUUUCUUUAGAAAGUAAAAUUGAAAGAAUUUUAGAACUAUUUAUAUUAACAGAAGAUAAAUUAUCAAAUGGUAAUAUACUGAAUCAAUUAUUAAAAGAUAUGCUUAGGGAAAAUAGGCUCUGA